UCCCCACCCAUUCCUCUCUCUUCACCGCAUGAUCAUCUUUUUAUCGUCGUCUUUUGUUGGUAUUAGGGAGAAGCACACUUCCCAAAACCAACCUCUACCCUUCCUCUGUAACUCCAUUCCAUUUCCUCCUCCGUUCACUCUGAUCGAGCAAGCCAACACGGUGAAUGGGGAAGCAGAGCAUCGGCUCAUGGUGGUUCUGCUGGGCUCUCUACGUCUUCGUCCUGCUCCCUUCCGCCUGUGCCUUGACCGCUGAUGGAGAAGCUCUGCUGGAAAUCAAGCUGGGUUUCAACGACUCCAAGCAGAUGCUGCGGAGCUGGCGGCCCUCCGACUCCAAUCCUUGCUCCUGGCUCGGCGUCGCCUGCCACCUCUCCGACCUCACCGUCCGCUCCAUUAACUUGCCCUACAUGCAGCUCGGUGGCAUCAUAUCCCCAAGCAUCGGCCGGCUCCGAAGGCUUCAGAGACUGGCUUUGCAUCAGAACAGCUUACAUGGGCCCAUUCCACCUGAGAUCAAGAACUGCACCGAGCUAAAAGCCCUGUAUCUGAGAGCUAAUUACCUUCAAGGGAGCAUUCCACCCGAGAUCGGAGAACUCGCCCACCUCACCAUCCUGGACUUGUCGAGUAAUCUGCUGAGGGGUGCGAUUCCUCCAUCAAUUGGCCGUCUGACUCAAUUGCGUUUUCUAAAUCUAUCGACCAACUUCUUCUCCGGGGAGAUUCCAACUGUUGGAGUUCUUGCAAGUUUCAGAAACACCUCGUUUGUCGGGAAUCUGGAAUUAUGUGGCUUGACAAUUCAGAAAGUUUGUCGUGGUUCCAUGGGCUUUCCUGCAGUGCUACCACACACCAACACUUUCUCUUCACCAGGAAUCUCAUCGAUCCCGACAAAAAGAUCAUCACAUUUUCUGAAUGGGGUUAUCCUUGGCGCCAUGACCACAAUGGCCCUUGCAUUAGUUUCGAUCCUUGGCUUCCUUUGGAUUUGCUUGCUCUCAAGGAAGGAAAAGCUUGCUGAAAACUAUGUCAAAGCCCAAAAACAACUUGUGCAAGAUGUUGGCACCAAGCUUGUCACCUUCCAUGGAAACCUCCCAUAUCCGUCCCAGGAAAUCAUAAAGAAGCUGGAGCUGCUUGAUGAAGAUGAUGUGAUUGGUUCUGGAGGUUUUGGCACUGUCUACAAGAUGGUCAUGGACGAUAACAAUGCAUUUGCUGUUAAAAAGAUUGAUUGGUACCGCAAAGGAGUCGAUCAGAUCUUUGAGAGGGAGCUGGAGAUCUUGGGCAGCAUUAAGCACAUUAACCUUGUCAAUCUGCGAGGCUACUGUAGGCUGCCAUCUGCAAGGCUUCUCAUUUAUGAUUACUUGCCCUUGGGCAGCCUUGACCAUUACCUUCAUGAAAAUGGUGGAGAAGAUCAACCUUUGAAUUGGAAUGCACGCAUGAAGAUUGCUCUUGGCUCCGCGAGAGGGCUGGCCUACUUGCACCAUGACUGCACUCCCAGGAUCGUUCACAGGGACAUCAAAUCCAGCAACAUUUUACUUGACAGGAGCCUGGAACCUCAUGUCUCAGAUUUCGGCUUAGCCAAGCUCCUGGUAGAUGACGAUGCCCAUGUCACCACUGUGGUUGCUGGCACCUUCGGCUAUCUGGCACCAGAGUACCUGCAAAAUGGACAUGCAACAGAGAAGUCAGAUGUGUACUCCUUUGGAGUUCUCCUGUUAGAGUUGGUGACUGGAAAAAGACCCACAGAUCCAUCCUUUGUGAGGAGAGGCUUGAACAUUGUUGGCUGGCUAAACACGCUGGAAGAGGAGAAUCGCCUGGAGGAAAUUGUGGAUGAAAAGUGCGGUAACGUCGACGUCGAAGCUGUAGAAGCGAUCCUUGAUAUAGCUGCGAUGUGCACCGAUGCGAAUCCUGAUGAACGCCCAUCGAUGAGUAGAGUGCUGCAGAUGCUUGAGGAGGAGAUAAUGUCUCCCUGCUUGAGUGAUUUCUAUGAACCUCACUUGGAUAUCUAACUUCAUCUUGGUGGAGUUCUUCAUGGAAACAUCCUUUUGUACAUAACUGCUGGUUGGAAGCUACAUGACAAUUUCCAUAUCAAAUCCUGACUUGGAAAUUUUGUCACUUGGGAAUGCACCUUUUUCCUCCAAA